AUGUCGGAGCAGACAAUCAUCCUGAUCACCGGUGCCAAUUCCGGCAUCGGCUACGCAACAACCCAAAUCCUCACCGAGCACCCGAACUACCAUGUUAUCAUGGGCUGCCGUGACCAAGAAAAGGGCGAAAAGGCCCUCUCACAACUGCAAUCCACCAAUCCCAAGGGCACCAUCUCCCUCAUCCAACUAGAUGUGGAAGACGACACCUCCAUCGCGAAAGCAGUCGACACCGUCACGCAGAAGUUCAACCGCCUCGACGUCUUAAUCAGCAACGCCGGCACAGGCGCAGUGCACCUCAGUGGCCGCGCAAAGCUGCAACAGAUCUUCUCGACCAAUGUCAUCGGCGCCAUGCUCGUCACAGAGGCGUUCAUCCCGCUUCUCCUCAAGUCGGAAAAGCCGUACAUGAUCCAGGUCUCCAGUGGUCUGGGCUCACUGGCUCUGGCAAAUGACCCGAGCAAUAUCUCUUAUGCGGUGUCCUAUGAUGAGUACCGUAUGAGCAAGGCGGCUCUCGACAUGAUGACUAUUCAAAUGCACAAACGGCUGCAGGGUCAAGUGCGGGUUUUCGCGUUCUGUCCGGGAUUGGUGAGGAGCAACCUGAGGGGUACGGAUGAGGCGUCCGUUACUGUUAAUGGAACUGCUGGGGAUCCGUUGGACUCUGGUAGGGGCAUUCUGAGGAUUGUAGUUGGGGAGAGGGAUGAGGAGGCUGGUGGGUUUGUUCGUCAUGUCGGCGGUAGCUAUCCGUGGUAG